GAAGCCGAUAGCCUGGCGUACCUCGCCGCCCAUACUAAUAUUCCGGUGCCAAAGUGCUAUGGCUCUGGUGUCGUGCCAAACAGCGCCCGCGGGAAGAAGUACCUAAUUUUGGACUUCAUCGAGGGCGACACGCUGGAGAAACUAUGGGAUAAGCUCUCCGUCGUCGACAAGGACACCAUCGUACAGCAGCUCCGCGAAUAUGUCGCCGAAUACCGCAGCCUUCCGCCUCCGGACUACCUCGGAGCCGUAGUUAAAGAACAUUUCUUCUGUUAUGCGACGCUUUUCUAUCAAGGGCGAGGCUUCGAAGGGCCCUUUCGAGACGCACAACACUUUAUCGAUGCACUCGCGGAUCGUCUCGCCGUUUCUAAUCCUAAGGGACCAUCCAAAAUCGCGAUUCUGACGACGCUGAUGAAGGAAAUAUUUAAGGAUUUCCGGACCGUCUUUACGCAUACCGAUCUGGCACCGAAGAACAUUAUAGUGCACAGGCGGGGCAGCAACGAGGAUGGCAGCGGCAUAUUUAAAGUGACCAUUAUCGACUGGGAGGGUUCUGGCUGGUACCCUGAAUGGUGGGAGUAUUGCCACUCUCCUAUCUGGGUAAAUCCUAUGCUCGGGGGUUGGGAGUUAGAGGUCCAGAAGAUCAUGCCGAUGUAUGCCAAGGAGUUCUUCUGUUGGGAAAGGAUAUACUACAUGAUCAACGACAGGUGA